AUGAAAGGGACCAUGACAGUGCAAGACCUCACUACCAUCCCCUCCGUCCCGAACCGUGGAUCCACGACCUCCUGGGCAAUCCACUACACGCCCUUCUUGGACGCUGCCACGGGCGGCCUCGCAGACGGACUGAUCUACGGCAUGCAGAAUGCCAACACGGGGUGGCACUUCUUUGGCGGGGAGAAGUCCCCUCCAGAACAGCUACUCUCCAGCGACGAUUCCACCCUCUCGCAGUCAUCUGUACAGUUCCUGCAGGAGUCUCUGGGCUCACUCUUUGGACUCCAGGGACCCGCCCAUCAAAAGCUCGUCAGUGCUUGGUCAGGAAUCAUGGGUUUUACGUCCGAUACACUACCACUGGUAGGCAAAUUACCAUCAGCACUGACCGGCCGAGACGGUCAAGGAGAGUGGUUCUCGGGCGGAUAUAACGGAUACGGGAUGCCAUCGGCCUGGCUGGCGGGAGAAAGUUUGGGGCUGAUGAUACUGGGUCAAUCCCCGAGGGAGUACCUACCAGAGGCGUAUUUGAUCUCUGAGGAGCGGCUGAGGGAGAGAUUAACUGUUGCGCGGAGUAUGGAAUAUCUGAGCGAGGCUUGA